AUGACAUCCAGACUAGAUCGCCUUGUCACGUUACUCGAGACAGGCAGCUCUCCUCUCAUUCGUAACACAGCCGCUCAGCAACUGGCAGAUGUGCAAAAACAACAUCCAGAUGAGCUGUUCAACCUUCUUGGGCGUAUUCUUCCCUAUCUCAAAUCAAAAUCAUGGGAUACACGGACCGCUGCCGCUAAGGCAAUGGGCUUCAUUGUCGCUAAUGCAGACACUUUCGACCCUAAUCAAGACGAUGGUGAGGAGAUCAAGAAGGAUGAAGAAGACGACGAAAGCAUCGUAAAAGUCAAGUCUGAAGAAGAACAAAUUCCCGUUCCUGAUGACCUACUCCAUCUUGAAACUUUGGACCUAGUUUCCAUUUUAAAGCACGGGCGGCGGCUGCUGGGCAGCGGUGGAAAAGACCAGGAGUAUUUACUGGCUUCUAUGGAUCCUGCAGCUCGACUACAACACCACAAGAAGACAUUGACUGGACGAUUGGGUCUUGCGGGAGAAUACGUCGAAGAGGACUUGCUCGACGAGGAUUUGCUACAAAAGCCCAUCCAAACUUCGAAGGAGAAUGCCCCAAAUUUUCUUUCAUCGAAGGAAAACAACCACGUCAGCUCAAAUACUCCUGCCUUACCCUCUCCAAGCGAGCCCGCCAAUGGCGAGGAGUCUGGACUAAGCAGAAGGCAGCUGAACCAGCUAAAACGAAAAAGUAAACAACACGCGAAAUUGGGUGCGAACAAAGUGCGCGUGGUCGACCUGUCCGCCCGACGCCCGUCAGAAAAUGUCACUACUCCUUCAGCCACCACUCCUGCAAUCAACACUCCCCAUCCGGUAAAAGCGGAGAACGGCGAGGGCCAGAAUGGCGACAGCAAGCCUGACUAUUUCUCCCUUGAUAGACCAACAGGCGAUGAUGAUGAAUCUAAGAUUGUGACUGAGUUUAAGGGAGCAGAGCUUCCUGACAAGUCCAUAAUUCAGCCUGAACUCGUGGAGGAUACUGAUGAUGUCGCAUGGCCGUACGAACGUAUGUGUGAGUUCCUCAUGGUGGAUAUGUUCGAUCCUAACUGGGAGGUUCGGCACGGUGCGGCAAUGGCUCUCCGAGAAGUCAUUCGUAUCCAAGGUGCCGGGGCGGGACGCGUGCAUGGAAAAUCUAGAUCAGAAAAUAAAGCACUGAACCGAAAGUGGUUGGAUGAUCUCGCCUGCCGUCUGCUGUGUGUUUUGAUGCUGGAUCGCUUCGGUGACUACAUUUCCGACAAUGUUGUUGCCCCUAUCCGAGAAACAGUGGGCCAGACGUUAGGUGCCCUUUUAUCUCAUCUGCCUUCACGGUCUGUCGUUGCCGUAUACAGAUGCCUCUACCGGCUUAUCAUGCAAAUCGAUUUGGCCCUGGAUCGUCCAAUCUGGGAGGUCUGUCACGGGGGAAUGAUCGGCCUAAGAUAUCUAGUGGCAGUUCGAAAGGAUCUUUUGGUCAAGGACUCCGAGCUGAUGGAUGGCGUUUUGGAAGCCGUCAUGCAGGGACUGCGCAAUUACGAUGAUGACGUCCGUGCUGUCAGUGCUGCCACUCUUGUGCCAAUAGCGGAAGAACUCGUCAACUCCAAGCAAUCCACCCUCGGGCCACUGAUGAGUAUAGUGUGGGACUGCCUUUCAAACCUCCAGGAUGACCUGAGCGCCAGUACAGGCUCAGUGAUGGAUCUUUUGGCGAAGCUCUGCACUUUCCAGCCUGUCCUCAACGCCAUGAAAGAAAACGCAGCGGUGGAUUCGGAGUCGUCAUUCGGAAACCUUGUUCCUCGUCUGUAUCCGUUCCUACGCCAUACAAUCACGAGUGUGCGGUCUGCGGUUCUUCGAGCCCUUACAACCUUCUUGCAACUGGAGGGUGAGGGCACCAAUGACUGGGUAGAUGGGAAAGGACUACGUCUCAUUUUUCAGAACCUGUUAGUGGAGCGGAAUGAAGGUGUCCUGAAACUCUCUCUCGAAGUUUGGUCAGAGCUGCUCAAGUCUCUGGAUUCCCGAGGAAUAUUCAAAUCGGAUCUUGACUUAUCCACCCAUAUCCAGCCACUAAUCACGCUGAGCAUGGCACCCUUUGGUGUCCCCCUCUACCCCAUUCCUAUGAAUUCAUCGCUGUUCAUCAAACCAUCCGGUGUACCGUACUCGAUGACUCAUUCAGCUCCCGCAAAGCAUUCGCCCCCAGCCACCAUUACAGGCGCUGCAGAUGCACCCAAAAAACGAGGUCGCAAAGCCGAGAAGAAAGAACCUGCUCCUUCCAACUCGACACACGAUGUGGAUGCACACAUGCUAAAGGGUGAUAUUGAUAUGGUUGGCGCUGAUACAAUGUUGCGUUCAAAGAUCUAUGCCGCUAGAGCUCUUGGAGAGUUGCUCUCGUUUUGGGACAAAAACGGCCUUGAGAGCUUUUGGGAUACCAUCAUGGGAGGCCUCAGCCAUCCCGCAUCUUCAUCCCAACUGUCAUCAGCCAUGAUAGUAGAGGAAUAUGCCAAACUUUCUGGGUCCGAUAGCAAGUAUGGUUCCGCGCUCUGCGAGAAAAUCCAGCCCAUCGUUGAAGGUGAGCGCCCUCUUUGGUAUAGCGAUAUUUCGUGCUACUUAAAUGUCGCGCGCGCCCAAUGCCAUUCGUUACUCAACGCUUUCCGAGAGAACGCCCAUGUUCCUCCCUCAAAACUGCCGGUCCUUGCCGUUGUUGUACAGGGAGACCCAGAUGCUGGCCCGAAUGCCUUCUCCCUAGCCGAUGCCGAGAAGGUGAUCGGGCCAGAUUUUGACAGGCUGAGGAAGGGGCUGGCGCCCGCACAACGCAUUACUGCUCUUAAGGUUCUCAAUGAAACCAGGGCUACAGCAGAAACUGCUGUUGGCCAGGCGAAAGAUUCCAGAGAGAUCAGAGACAUGCGAAUUAAAGCUGCCGCAGCGGGAGCGUUGGUCAGCUUCCAUGAAAUUCCAAAGAAACCUGGUCACCUCAUCAAGGGAAUGAUGGAUAGCAUUAAAAAGGAAGAGAGUGCUGAGCUUCAAGAACGCUCUGCGACAGCGGUCGCAGCUUUGGUAGAACACUAUACCGCUGCAGCCAAGAGAGGCCCAGUUGACAAGGUUAUCGGUAAUUUGGUCAAAUACUGUUGUGUUGAUACGUCUGAGACGCCUGAAUUCCACCACAACGCAAAACUCGAGGAAUCUAUCUUGUCCCUUCGGAAAGAAGAGGACCGAAGGGAACAUCCGGAUGCCGCCAAAUUCGAAAGGGAGGCUAAAGAAGCAAGAAUAAUGCGCCGCGGUGCUAAAGACGCCCUUGAAAAACUGGCCACCAAAUUCGGUGCGGAACUUACUGAAAAGGUUCCGAACCUUGCACUCUUGGUCGAGCGACCUCUUAAGGCAGCGCUCUCCGGUGACCUUCCAGCGGAUAUUGUCGACGAAGGCAAUGACUUGGGCCAGGAAGUUGUAGACGGGUUGUCUACGUUGAGAGCCCUGCUUCCCAAGUUCGACCCAGGUUUGUACCAGUGGGUUGUCAGUCUUAUGCCUCUUGUUGUCAAGGGCCUUCAGUGCCGACUAUCAGUCAUCCGGUAUGCAGCCGCCAAAUGCUUUGCCACUAUCUGCAGCGUUGUCACCGUGGAUGGUAUGACGAUGCUUGUUGAGAAAGUGCUUCCAACGAUUAACAAUGCUUUGGAUGUCCAUCAUCGCCAGGGAGCGAUCGAGUGCAUUUAUCAUCUCAUUCAUGUCAUGGAAGACGACAUUCUACCCUACGUUAUAUUCCUUGUUGUACCCGUUCUUGGAAGGAUGAGUGACUCGGACAAUGACGUGAGACUGCUUUCCACAACUUCGUUUGCAACCCUGGUCAAGCUCGUACCCUUGGAAGCCGGGAUUCCAGAUCCUCCUGGCUUGUCGCAAGAGCUGCUCCAGGGACGUGAUCGAGAAAGAAAAUUCAUGUCUCAGAUGCUUGAUUCGCGAAAAGUUGAAGAGUUUCAACUUCCAGUUGCAAUCAAGGCGGAACUACGUCCUUACCAGCAGGAUGGUGUCAAUUGGCUUGCCUUCCUCAAUCGCUACAAUCUCCAUGGUAUUCUCUGUGAUGACAUGGGUCUUGGAAAGACGCUGCAGACUAUUUGCAUCGUCGCGAGUGAUCAUCAUAUGCGGGCUGAAGAGUUUGCUAAGACUCAAGCGCUAGAGGUUCGCAAGGUCCCGUCGCUGAUUGUAUGCCCACCAUCGCUUUCUGGUCACUGGCAACAGGAGGUGAAACAAUAUGCGCCAUUCCUCAAUUGCGUUGCCUACGUUGGUCCACCUGCAGAACGAUCUAAGUUGCAGGGUUCCCUUGCUGAUGCAGACAUCGUUGUGACAUCAUACGAUAUCAGCCGGAAUGACAACGAGGUCCUCAGAGCGAUUAGCUGGAAUUAUUGUGUUUUAGACGAGGGUCAUCUCAUCAAGAACCCCAAGGCCAAGGUCACGAUCGCGGUCAAACGCAUCCAUAGCAACCACCGUUUGAUUUUGUCCGGAACGCCAAUCCAGAACAACGUGUUGGAGUUGUGGUCCUUGUUUGAUUUCCUGAUGCCGGGCUUCCUUGGCACCGAGAAGGUAUUCUUGGACCGGUUUGCGAAACCAAUUGCCACCAGCCGCUUUAGCAAGUCAUCGAAGGAACAGGAAGCGGGGGCUUUGGCAAUCGAAGCGCUGCAUAAGCAGGUGCUUCCAUUCCUCCUUCGCCGUCUGAAGGAAGAGGUGUUGAAUGAUCUGCCACCGAAGAUUAUCCAGAACUACUAUUGCGACCCAAGUGAACUGCAGAGGAAGCUGUUUGAGGACUUUACAAAGAAGGAGCAGAAAGCUCUGCAGGACAAGAUGGGCAGCUCAGAAAAGUCUGACAAGGAGCAUAUCUUCCAAGCCCUGCAGUACAUGCGCCGUCUCUGCAACUCCCCUGCUCUUGUCGUCAAGGAUGGCCACAAGCAGUACAACGAAGUGCAGCAAUAUUUGCAGAAGAAGAACUCCUAUAUUCGUGAUGUGUCGCACGCGCCUAAACUCAACGCCCUUCGCGAUCUACUCUUAGACUGUGGAAUUGGUAUCGACCCACCGAGCGAAGGCGACCUGGCGACGGGUGCUAGCUACGUAAGCCCGCAUCGAGCUCUGGUUUUCUGUCAGAUGAAGGAAAUGUUGGAUAUAGUCCAAAGCGAAGUUCUCCGGAAACUCCUUCCGUCGGUACAAUUCCUCCGUCUCGAUGGUGGGGUUGAAGCCACCAAACGCCAGGAUAUCGUGAACCGGUUCAACUCCGACCCUAGUUACGAUGUUCUGCUCUUGACUACCAGCGUUGGUGGGCUUGGUCUAAACCUUACAGGUGCAGACACAGUUAUCUUCGUGGAGCACGACUGGAACCCGCAGAAGGAUAUUCAAGCCAUGGACCGAGCACACCGUAUCGGACAGAAGAAGGUGGUCAAUGUCUAUCGGUUGAUCACGCGAGGCACUCUAGAAGAGAAAAUCUUAAAUCUGCAACGGUUCAAGAUUGACGUGGCAUCCACAGUAGUCAAUCAGCAGAACGCCGGUUUAAAUACGAUGGACACAGAUCAGUUACUGGACCUAUUUAAUCUUGGAGAGACGGCAGAGAAUGCAGAGAAACCGACGGAAACAGGCGGUACAGAAGUCGACAUGGUUGAUAUUGACGGCGAGCUGAAGGAGAAGGGUAAGAAGGGCUGGCUCGACGACCUAGGCGAGCUUUGGGACGACCGGCAGUACCAGGAAGAGUACAACCUGGAUUCGUUCUUGUCUACUAUGAAUGGGUAG